UUAUGACGAAUGACUUAAUAAACAUUAUAAAAAGUUCUGAAAUAUCAGUAAAUAAUUAUUCCCUAAAGAUCUAUGAGCAAGAAAUUCAAUAUUUCGUUUUAAAACAAUUUAUAUAAUAUGGAAAUUAUUAAAAAUAAUUUCCACGAACUUUUCCCCAUCGUCCAAGAAGCUAUUGAAGGAGCCGAUUUUAUAGCUAUUGACACUGAGUUGACUGGCUUGAACGAAAGCAUUGAGAGAAUAAAAACUUUCGAUGAUCCACAGUCAAGAUAUACAAAAGUUCGAAUUGCUGCUACAAAAUUUCUUAUAAUUCAAUUCGGGAUAUGUACUUUUACAUACUCGGAAGCGGAGAAUACUUUUAUAGCAAGACCAUUCAACUUUUAUAUAUUUCCAGCGAACUCCGAUAGGAAGGAUUACCAUGAUAUAUGUUUUAUGUGUAGUGGAUCCAGUUUACAUUUUUUAUCAAAUUGCGGAUUUGACUUCAAUAAAUUAAUCGCACAAGGUAUACCAUUUCUUAAUAAAACGGAUGAAAUUAAGCUUAUACAAAGAAGAGCUGACAUUGCACAAAGGCAAAUUGACAACCCGCUGGAUAAUGAAACAAAAGCAUUCGUAGAAAAAACUAUGUCAACUAUUGAUAAAUGGCUUUGCGAUACGAAUGAAGAAAAUUUAACAGUGGAAACUCCUAGUAUGAAACAGAAACGUUUGGUCUUUCAGGAAUACAGGCAAAGAUUCAGUGGUCUCGCGUCGGCAGAGAGCAGACCAAAAAGCGUUUUUUUCUCACGAAUGACAGAACAACAAAAGGAAAAAAAAUCAAAGGAUGAUGCGGCUGAUGCUUUGUCUGCUAGCUUAAAUUUUCGUAGCAUUAUUGAACUGUUAGUAACAUCUAAAAAACCCAUCAUUGGUCAUAAUUGCUUUUUAGAUAUGUGCCAGUUGAUACAUCAAUUCUGGGAGGAAUUACCUGAAAAAUUAAAGAUAUGGAAAAAGCUCGUAAACGAGUUGUUUGAAGUCGUUAUUGAUACCAAACAUAUAGCAGCUACCCAUAGAAGAUUACAGGAGUUGAUGCCUAAAAAUGGAGUUCAGGCUAUUUUAGAUAUUGUACAAACACCACCUUUUGAAGAAGAUUCCCCGAAAAUUGUCCUAGAUCCACAAUUCACUCGUUAUACACUAAACGAUAUAUCGCAUAAUCAUGAGGCUGGAUAUGAUGCAUACAUUACCGGAUACAAUUUUAUAAGAUUAGCAGUAUUCUUGUUAAAUGAAAAAGAGCAAGAUGUAGAUAUAUACUCUAACGUUUUCAAUGAAUUAUCGGAAUAUACUGACGAUUCAAUGAAGCAGGGACAUGAAUACAUUGAUGAAGAAAAUACGAAUUUGGUUACAAAGUUAUUUAAGACCGAGAAAUUAACGCGUUUUUAUAAUAAAUUACAUUUGUUGAGAUCUGAUUUUAAAUAUAUAUGUCUAGAUGGCAAUGAUGGAAUCCCGCCUUCUAAAUCAAACGGAUUUUUGUUAUCAAAUAUUCCUACGUCUUGUUCACAGGCGAUUCUUCAUACAAUAUUUGGUGAGUUUGGCAACAUAUUCAUUCAAUGGAUUGAUGAUACUCAUUGUUGGCUAAUAGUUAAAGAUGAUAAGAAAGUCAGAAAAGUUUCUGAAGGUUUAUUACGUGAUACCAAGUUAUUUUCAGACUAUAUGGAGAAUGGGAAAAAAUAUCAGAUAGCUCUGGAAAAGAAUAUAACAAAAGAGAUAGGAAACAUCAAGAUACUAUCUUGGAAUAAUUGGAUAAGUGCAAUAGUGAAUGCCGAUUCAGAGAUUGAAGAGGAACAAGAUCAAGAGGAUGAGGAUAAAAUAGUUAACGAUGUAAAUGAUGAGCCAAGUAGUACUACAAUUGAAGGGAUAGAAUUUGAAUUCGGAAAUAAAUACGAAACACCUAAAGAUGACGAUAAUUCAUGGCCAAACUCGAAUGAUAAUAACUCUGAUAAAUCUGAUGAAAAUACAGAAGACAUUCAGGUAAACGAUAAUAGCGAUGAUGCUAGUACAAGUAGUGCUUCUAAGAAGACUAAACUUGGAACCUUUGAAUAUCUACGUUCCCUUUUACCUUUUUCUACCUGACAAACCAAAACUCUUCAAGGUUAUCCUCCAUGGGGAUUUAUUGUACACACCUUUUAAGAAACAGAGUAUUGCUUGCAUUAUUUUAUGUCCAAAUUACUUAUUUGUAUUUACUAUUUUAGUAUUUAUAGUAUUUAUUAGUAGUCUAUAUAUAGUCUAUAAUAGACUAAUAUUAU